AUGACAUCGCUCGGAUUCGAAAACUACGCCGAAGCCUUGAAGAUCUACCUCACGAAAUACCGGGAAACCCAAACUGCCAGGGGCGAAAACCAGAACCGACCAUCCAGCAGCGGAUAUGGCUCCGGUGGCCCAGUUGGCGGUCCCGCUCCAGUACCCGCAGGCAUGGCCGGAACAGCACCAGCUCAACAACCACCAGCGGGCUUCACAGUCCCUCCACCCCCCGAGGCUUCCAACAACCUUCUGACUGGGAGUCUCGACCCGAACGAGCAGGAUGGCGCAGCAUACGGAUAUCCCGCUAUGACUCUGCCCGGCUCAAGGAGACGGUGGCAGAUGGUCAGGAACUAUAACAUGAGUACUUGGCAUCUCCCCGUGCCCCGAGCAAGACAGUAA